ACGAGCCGGUCAGUGGCGAAGAAGAUAAAGAAAAGGAUAGAUAAUUGGCUGGUCCGUCACCAUCAUCAGAGGUUCCUCCCUCGUCUGGUCCCCGAGGCAUGAAGAGGACCAGCUGAAGACACUUAAGUAUUUCUAGACUGGUCCUUAACUGUGAUCACCAUUCUAGUGUUGAGUGAACCAUGUCUAACAUCCACCUGGGUCUUCCUUACCCUGGUGGAGUAGUCGAUCACUCCAGCAACCUGGCGCAUGAUAUUGGUGCUCUAUAUCUCAAUGAUGAGUACAGUGAUGUUACUCUGCAGGUUAAUGGACAGAUAUUUCGUGCACACAAAGUCAUACUGGCAGCACGCAGUCAAUAUUUCAGAGCCUUGCUGUUUGGUGGAUUGCGUGAGUCUCAUCAAGCUGAGGUGGAGAUCAAAGAUACCAAUUUGACUGCUUUUAAAGUACUUUUGAAAUACAUAUACACUGGGUGGGUCAGUCUCAGUUCUGAAAAGGAAGAGACGGUAUUAGAAAUCCUUGGGCUUGCUCAUCAGUAUGGCUUCGAAGAUUUAGAGUCUGCUGUUUGUGAUUACCUGAAGGAUGCUCUGUGUAUUGCCAAUAUCUGUGUUAUAUACGACAUGGCUUCUCUGUACAACUUGACAAACCUCAAGACUGUGUGUGAAGAUUUUAUGGAUAAGAAUGCUCUACCAAUACUGAAUCAUGAGUCUUUUUACGCCCUUUCACCAUCAGCACUGAAAGCAAUUAUUGGAAGGGAUUCAUUUUGUGCUCCAGAAGUCCAUAUUUUCCAAGGUGUACAUGAGUGGGUAGAGCGUAACUCAGAUCUGACACAAGAGCAGACACAGGAGAUUCUUGCUCAGAUUAGACUACCUCUUAUCAGCCUUUCAGAUCUGCUAAAUGUUGUUCGGCCAACUUCAUUGAUAUCCCCUGACCAAAUAUUGGAUGCAAUAAAAGCCAAGAAUGAAUCCAGGGAUAUGGAUCUGCAAUACCGAGGGUAUCUAAUGCCAGGAGAAAAUGUUGCUGUGCCAAGUAAAGGGGCUCAAGUGCUUCAGGGAGAGAUGCGGGCAAACCUCCUAGAUGGAAAUGUAUCAAUUUAUGACAUGGAUCGUGGCUUUACGAGACACCCUAUAGAUGAUAACAAUGGCCAGGGCAUACUAAUCAAGUUGGGAAUGCAGUGUAUCAUCAACCACAUGAGGAUGAUGCUUUGGGAUAAAGAUCAGCGGGGCUACUCCUACUAUAUUGAAGUGUCUAUGGAUCAGAAAGAUUGGGUUCGGGUUGUUGAUCACACCCGUUAUCACUGUCGCUCGUGGCAGUAUCUCCAUUUUGCCUCUAGAGUUGUCAGAUAUAUUCGUAUUGUGGGGACAAAUAAUACUGUUAAUCGUGUUUUCCAUGUGGUGGCCUUUGAAGCAUAUUUUUCUAAACAAGACGUGGAAUUACACAAAGGACUUGUAGUUCCAAUAGAAAAUGUUGCACUCGUUACUAAAAGUGCACUGGUGAUUGAAGGUGUGAGUCGUGCACGUAAUAAUCUUCUAAAUGGAGACAUUCACAACUACGACUGGGACUCGGGCUACACUUGCCAUCAGCUGGGCUCUGGUUCCAUAUGUGUGCAACUUGGACAACCUUAUUGGCUCUCCACUUGCAAACUUUUACUGUGGGACUGUGAUGAUCGCUCGUACAGCUAUUACAUAGAAGCGUCUGUUAAUAAUAGAGACUGGGAACUGAUUGUGGACAAAACACGAGAAUCUUGCAGAUCAUGGCAAACUUUAACGUUUCCUCCAAGAGCUAUUGUUUAUUUUAAAAUAGUUGGAACAUUUAAUACUGCCAAUGAAGUUUUUCACUGUGUGCACUUCGAGACACCUGCACAAGUGGGGUCUGAAAAUCGUCCAAGGCUGAGAGGUUUUGACCAUGCUGUUGCUCCUGUAAGACCUCACCAUUCCAGUGGUAAUGAAGGAGAAGGUGGAGGAACAGCAGAAGUAGAAGCAGCUGUUCCUGCAAUAGAUGCCCCUGCACCAGCUGGAGUUGAGGGUGGAGUUGGGGUAGGUGCAGCUGUAGGUGUAGGAUUAAGUAAUAGUGAGGGUGUUAGGGAUAGAUCAAGUACAAGACCAGAACCUGUUGAAGAGGCUUCGGGAAGGAUGAGGGUGGAAGACCACAAUGUGCUUCCAGAAGGAGCAGUUGCAGUUGAAGGUCAUGGGGGUGUAAACCUUGCCCAUCACCAGGAAUGUGAUACAUAUACUGAAGGUAAAUAGUGAGGAUUUUUAAGAUUGAUUUACACAGCAGUGGACAUAUAUACAAACUUAAGAAAAUCUUCAAAGCAUCAUUUGUAUAAUGCUAAUGAUUUCCUCUGUUAAAUACUGUGUCAUCCUUCUGAUUUUCAUAGUGAUCCAAAGACUGAAGAAACUCUGGUACAAGAAUUAACUUGAAAUUUAUAGAAUUUAAUUCUUUUUAUAACAGUUUUAUUGUUGAAGUAAGCAUGACUUGCAAAUAGAGAUUGACAUUGUUUUCAGUAUUACCUUGAAAAAAAAGUUGAAGAUUGCAUGUAAAGCGUCAACUUUAUCUGUUUAUGUAUCAGAGGACCUCUGUAGUUUCAGAAGCAGGUACGUACAAAUGAUUUACUUCCUUAAUUUAAAAUUUGUCUACGUUUUACAUAUAAUGGGGUGAAAAAGAUAUAAAUAUAUUGUCUUAUUGGCUAUAUAGAAAGCACUUUCAGGUAUACUGUAUACUGAUCUAAAAAGAAUUGUGAUAUAUUAAGAAAGUGCAUGUACUGUACUGUACAAUACCCUGUACAGUAUAACAAAGAAAGGUAAAUAUUCACUUUUUGCUGCUAUACAAAAUCGAAGUUGAAACUAUGUUUGUCCAAUGGUUUUGACGUGUUAUGAAUGAAUUUGACCUUCAUUUCUGGCACAAAUCAAUAGCUUCUGAGAUAAGGCCCCCACCUUCCCAUCUCGAAGUCUAGAGAUUUGCUAUAAAAAGCAAGGUAAAAAGUGUUCAAAAUAUAUCAAAAACCAUCGGAAAAACAGUUUUGAACCUAACCUAACCUGGGAGCUCCACAGUCAUUCAAUGCUCUGGGCAUGAACAUACAUAAUAAAAUGUUAAAUAUCUCACUUAAAUGUAAUUUGCACCAGAAAUGUCAUUGAAGAAAAUUGUCUUAGAAUUGUCAAAACUACUGAUUGCAACUGUAAAAUUCCUGAGAUUCACAUAGUUUAAUGGCAACAAGUAAAAUAAUACAAAAAAAUUAAUACUAUAUAGUUAUGUAUAGUAAUAGUCCAGGGGAUAAUCCAGUAGAUUAUAAUGUGAUUUAUUCACCUGAUUAUAAAGCCCAAUAAAAAUUUUACAGUAAACGAUAUCAUAACACGGUUUGGUGCAAUUAAUAAAGCAAUUCAGGUAAUCUAUUGACAUGUAUUUGACACACAUAACUACACUUCAGUAAAUCCCCACAUGGGCCUCUUUCAGCUACUGUAUCUGCAGACACAUUAGGCUUACCUGCUCCUAAAUAUCUCUGUACAGUAACUAGAGAUUUGGUUUCCCACAACCACAGCAUACACAUUGCUUUCUCCUUCACGGUCGCCAUUGUAUUGUCACAAUUCACGUUGGUAGCAGUCGUGCCUAAUACAUGUCAAAAGAUUACCUGAGUUGCUUUAUUAAUUGCAGCAAACCGUGUUAUGAUAUCGUUUACUGUAAAAUUUGUAUUGGGCUUUAUAAUCAGGUGAAUAAAUUAUAGAAACCCUGUACAGUAUAAAAAUAUGAAGGGAAACAGACAAAGAAAAAUGUAAUGGAGGGUUGAUUUGUUGUUUGUGAAAGGGCAAAGGAGAGGUUUGCAUUUGGAGAAUAAUCUUAAGGUGUAGUUUUAUGCCCAAAAAUAUUCAUGGCCGUGCCUCACCAGUCACUCCUGUCCCUUCUCUUACUCUCUAAAUCUUGUUACAGUGUGGAAGUUUGUAGUUAUUCAUUACUGUCUUGGGCUCUUGAAAGUUUUUGGUUGGUAAUACCUCACUUUUUCAUAGGUGAGGAAACUUAUGCAGUAGGUCUACAUCCAUUGUGUGUCCAGCAACUUAGCAAUUCCUUAGUGACUGACACAACAUAAAAUGUGCCAUUCACAGAAGAACUAUGAUACAGUAUAUAGUUUUGGUGCCAUUUCUUUAUUCAGUUAAACCAAUUAAGGCCUCAGUAUACUAGAUUGCAAUGAUGAACUGUAAAUGGUAAUAUCUCUUUCAAACAAAAGAUUUUAUGCCCUAAUGAAGGUGAAAUAUUGCUUCAGUCAUUGUGGAAUUCCCAUUGCUCAUCCAAUUCGAUAUCAAAAGUAGUAUGGGUGUUUUUUAUACUGUAUCAAUUUUUCUUUACAAUGAAUUGUUCAUGGGGGUUCCCUCCCUAGAAACUUGAACUUUCAAACCAACCAAUCAUAAUGAACAUUGGGGAGGUACAAUUUAAGUUUAUUCAGAUGGUGUUGUCCUACAUGAAAACAUAGCAGCCAUGAGUCAAACAAAUUGGAGAUUUUCAACCCUGGAUUCCAGAUACAGGUUUUCUUGGAUGGUGAUUUAAUUAACUCUCCUUAUGAAUGAAUCCCAGCAAUCCUCCAGGUUACCGGUAACUAUUUGUUGUCCAUCUCUUAUGAACUACUGUACUGGGCUAAUAUUUAUCAAGGUGGUGUUAACAUUUUUAAGGACAAGUAGUAGUAGUACUGUAGUAGUAAACUUACUCAUUAGUAUGGCCACCCUUAGCAAAUGCUGGAAUUCUAUUGCAACUACAGUACUUGAAAAACCAUAACCACUGACUCGAGUGAUUAAUUUGGGACACCUGAUAGUAAAAAAAAAAUUCCCAAGACAUUUUAUUCAUUAAGAAGUACUGGACAGCCAUGAGUUGUAAAGUUUACAUCCUUUCAAAAUUAGUUAAUCAGUUUCAGUGAGUGCAAAGGCUGGUGUUUUGGAUGUUACAUUAUGAGUGUAUUCCAGGAAUCCUUCAAGUUAGCAAUCUCAAUUUACCUGAGUCUCUUUGUUACAAUCUCAAGUGCUAGUCUGUUUUUAGUUGCCUUUUUAAGUUAGUGAUCAAUGUUCUGCGAGUUGCAUAGCAUCUGUUAAAUUAUUAUAAUUGUUUAAAAUUACUUGUCUUUUGUACAGUCAGCUGCUGUUUCUACAAUAAUUAUUUCUUUUCAUGUACUGUAUUAUGAGCAAUAUUUUAUUGUAGCAGGUGUUAUCACAUGAAUAAGUUUGCAACUGUACAGUGUUUCUUCACCCAAGGAAGUUGUCUUAGUUUUCCCUGGUGUAUAAUUUGUUCAACAUUGUACACUUACAGUACUGUAUAGUCAUAUAGGGAAUGUUCAUGUCAAAGUCUCUGUGUCUUAAUUUCUCUGUGUAAUAUGUGACUGAUUAAUAGAAUAUUUUUUGUUUAUUUACAAAGUAUUAUUUAUUGUUAAGGUGUUUUUAGUGGUUUUUAUUUUCGUUCUGAAAGAACUUUAUUUUUUUAUAAAAUGAAAAAUAAUACGUAGUAAACACUAAAAAUGAGUUGUUCAUUUUCAGUGAAACUCCUCCAUCCAUGAGGGCCACCUAUUGGUCUGCAGAGAUAUCAGUGCCUGGCUUGUAUGUUAUUUUAUUUUUAACUUGUGCACACAGUUAAAAUGUGGGUUUUUCUUGAUAAUGGCAUAAUACUGAUACAAACCACUGUAUAUGGUUUUACCAAAGCAUGAUAAUUAAGCUAAGUGUUGUGUAUACAGAUAUAUAUUUAUAUAUAUUUUGUCAUCUUUAUUGUAGACAUAUAUAUUUAAAACAAUGAGUACUGUAUUCACAUGCAUAUCAGUUUUUAAUGCUUUACACAUAUAGCUUCCAAAAGCCAGCGAAGUUUGAAAGGUGACAAAACAGGGUAACUCAUCACAGCACUUUUGAAUAUGGACAGGUCACAAUGUAAUUUAAUCAAAAUGUAUGUACAGUAUACAAUAUACUGUAUAUCAUAAUCUACAAGAGUAAUACUUAGGAAGAUUGCAAAGUAUUCAUAUCAAGAAUUUUCAUAAUGGUUUCAUAUGAAUUACCAAAGUAGAAGAACCCAUUUGCAUGAUUCCUACAUUACAAGCACUUAUGAUUUAGAAAUUUAUUCAUGAGGUAAGGAUUAAUUUGACUGAUAAAUACUGUAAUAUCAUUCUUUUGCUGAAGUUGUCAGAAUUGUCUCAAUUUCACCGUUAUAUGUUGCUACUUUAAUGUCUUGAUAAUUUGAUUCAUGUAUCAUUCUUUAACAUGCAGUGUAACUGAUUUGGACUGAAGACAGUAUGUUAUAUGCCUGUUUUCAUGUUACAUGUACCGUAUAUACUCGUGUAUAGUUUGAGUUUUUAAAACCAAAUUUUUAGGCAAAAAAUUGGGGGUCGUCCUAUACAUGCGUAAUAGUUUUGUUAGGUUGAACCCGUGCAUGAUGGGAAGGGCG